AUGGGUCCCGAUGUGAAGUUCCUCAGGCGUUCAUCUGGAGCCAAUUUUAGCGUUAAAAUCGCCAAUUUUGUCGUUGAAAUCGCCAAUUAUAAAGUUGUAAAAGGCAUGACCUUUUUGGUAGAACUUCUCCAGGUCCAUAUAGAAAACUUGGACAUGUUCUUCGUAGCUCGAUGCUGGAGCGUAAGCGACGAAGAUAGUCAAAGCUGGUGUUGGACCACAUCUUCUCAUCCGCAGACUUCCGAUUCGGGUCGUAAGUUAUUCGAAAGAGUCGAUGUUCUUUGCCAUACUCGUGUUGACGAGGACGCCAACUCCACCAACACCUCUACUGUCGCAUGUUCCUUAGAACAGUUCUUCUCCAGUUUCAUAUACGGCGUUGAGAGGGUGACGUCGUCUCGUCUCGGUCAGUCCGAUGACGUCGUACUUGAUCUUCUUGGCUUGCAUUAUCAGAUCUUCGAUGGCCGCUUCCGAUGCAAGCGUACGUGCGUUAUAAGCACAGAUCGCCAUCCUAGUCCUUUUCCGUUUCGGUAG